AUGGCCCAGUACUGUACCAGUUGCCAAAAGACGCCUCCCGAAGUGACUUUGAAGCACUGCGCGAAGUGCUCGGUCACGCUCUACUGCUCUCGCGACUGCCAGAAAGCCGACUGGACGGCCCACAAGAAGGUAUGCGGCAGGGACGGCGGCACCGCCUCGGGCUCCCCUAGUGGACCCGACGUACCGAUGGCCAACACGAUAUUCUCGCCUUCGAAGGGCCUCGAUCGGCCUAUUAUCGAGCCCUUUACCCGCCUCGACAACGGCACCUGGCUGCACGACCGCUCUGAGAAGGACGUAUACCGCUUCCUCAUCGAUUCCUACCGCCUACGUGUAGAGGAUAACUACAACCUGGAGGGUGAGGCCGAUGUCGACAGCCUUUAUGGAGGGGCGUCCAACGGGUUGAACGGUUUCAAGCGCUUUCUUCGGCUCGCUGGCUCGCGACGUGGCCUGCUUCCGCCGUGGUGGAACGCCGGGAAGCAGCGCGAGUGCGAGGAGUUUGGCAUGGACGCGUCGCAAUUCCAGGACUUGCGCUGUGCGGUGGAGAAGAGCGACAUUAUCGAGAACUACGGCGACUCGCGCUUCCCAAUGCAACUGCGCAUGCUUGCCGAGGCGGUUUACCGCUGUGGUCCAGGAGGACAGGAUGGGACAGCCAUGAGAAAGGCUAUGGUAGCCAUGGAACAAGGGACUGCGGGGUCUGGGUCCCCAGUGACCUCCAUGGUGACGAUAAACAGCCUUACGGGAAACACUGCCACCAUGCAUUCGGUCGGGAGGAACCAGUAG